AUGGAAGUUUGUGCGAAAUACUACGAGCAUAUUUCUGAAACCAUUACAAACAUCAAAAACAAAGACAAUGAAGUAACAGUAAUGUGGGAUUUGCCCAACAUAACAGAUCGACAAAUAAAUGCGAAUAGACCAGACAUCGUGGUACAUAACAAAAAGAAUAAAACUUGCCAACUUAUAGAUAUAUCAGUACCAGACGAUUCCAACGUACAAUUAAAAGAAAACGAGAAGAUAAUGAAAUAUAAGAACCUAGAAAUAGAAAUCAGCAGAAUGUGGAAUGCAAAGUCUUGUACUAUACCGGUUAUUGUGGGCGCCUUGGGAACCAUAUCCAAAGGAGCAGAACUACGUCUGAACCGCAUCCCAGGAAAAUCAUCUAUCCAAGAAGCCCAAAAGAUUACGUUGCUCAGCACGUCUCACAUCCUUCGCAAAGUGUUGAACUAA